CCUCGCAUUGUGCAGAGCUGCUGGCUUGUUCUGCGCCAGGUACCUCCCCCUUCUCCCUUUGUUUUACUGUCAGGCAGGAGCCGAGUUUCCUGUUGAUACCGGAAUAUUGUGAAUGGGCAGGAAAACGCCACCUUCUUCUCCUCCCCUCUUUCUUUCGAGACACUUGCGCGUCUCUCUUUCUUGCACUUCUUUCCCCCACUCUGCUGUUCUCUUCAGUUCCCUGGAGUUUUCCUGGGAAAGUCAGGGGAGAAGAGAAGAGAAAGGCCUGCACAGAGUCGGAAGCACAUUUUAAACUUGGGGAAAAGAGAGCGAGAGAGAGCGAGCGAAGGGAAGCAGAAGUAAGAUAGGAGCUGGAACUCUGCGCAAACAAACAGGUGCAGGGGAGAAAAAUAGCCCCGCAGAGAACGCCAUGAGGGGGACCGAUUCCUAAGAGCCUUUCUUGUGUUUGUCGCCGAUGGCUGAAGCCUGGAGGCUGGAAGAAGACGAUGAAGAGCUGAAAGAGCUCGGCAGAAGGCACAGGAGAAGCAAUUUGAGCCCAGCGAAUGAUCGUACUGAAAGAAAUAAACCUGACCAACGCUCUUCAGGCCAAGGCCCCCUGUCUUCCAUUAAAGCAGCAAUCAAGAGAACUUCCCGUACUUCUGGCCAUAGUGAACAACAAAGAGAGAGAAGGCGCCCUGAAAUCACUAUAGUUGCAGCUGAGCCGCUUAGGCCAUCUUCCUGGUUUCCAGGUGGAAAUCAUGUCUCCCAGCAAGGGCUAGUUUUCCCACCAUCUCCCACCCCCGGUUCAUGGAGAACAAACGAGAUUGUUCCAGCUGAGCCACCUUCGUAUGAACAGGUAAUCAAGGAGAUUGGUCAAGUGCAAGUCAGAACAACCAGUCACAACAAUGCUGCCGGUACUUCUAAUUCCAAAUGUACUGCUACAUCAUCGACACAGACUGACUUUCCAGAGGAGAUAAUCAGCAGUUUGCCAGGAACUGAUGUGAAAAGUAAUCCACAUGCUCUUUGUGAAUGUGAAACCACUACAGCUGUACAAAUUCCUCGCAAGCCGCCUAGACCAUUGUCCUAUCAGCUGAAAAGCAAUCUUUCCAAAAAUGAGGACCUCCUAGUUGUCUUGGAAGAGCAGACAUGUCAGGAGAAGCCUGAUGUUGUCACAUGCCCGGUGCCUAAACCAAGAUCAAAAGGCAAUCUGAAACCUGUGGUUAAAGAAACUCAAACUAAUACAGGAGACAAUCAGGAAGAAACAAACCAGUCAGGGGAAACUUCCGCAAUUGAGUUGGUAUCCUUACCAGAUGAUAGCUUAUUGGAUAGUUUUGUGGUGAUGAAUGGAAUGGAUACAGACAAGAGCCAAAGCAGUAUAGUGUCACGUAUCAAAGCUUUUGAAACACAGACAAGUACAGACACUUCAGGACUAGCAAAGAAGCUGGAAACUUCUCCACGUUCAUUAGCCCCCAAGCCCAUAGUUGGUGUAAAAAAACCUGUGGUUGCUCCAAAGCCAGGCAUUAUCAGAACUUCAGGUGAAUGGGAUUUAUCAACAGAAAGCAAAUUUAAGGUUGUUUCCCAGGAAAGACAUCUUCAGCCUCAGGAAGUUGGGGGCAACCUUACAACCAAGCCUGAAUUGCCAAAGAAACCCAAAUCAGACACUGUAAAAAACAGUAGCAAUGGGCCACUUAAUAUGUGGAGCAGACUGACUGCGGAGAAUGACGAAGAACAGAAAAAAAUCCCUAUUCCUACUCCUCGGCCUUUUGUACCCAAAAAGUCAGUCUCUUUUGAAGGUUUCUCAGUUCCUCUUAUUCCACUGGAGCCAUCCAGUUCUGCUCCCAAAUUCUCUGUAGCUGCCCAGUCAAAUGUGUUUAGUUCUCUGGGGGAGCCAACUACAAGCAACCUGUCAGCACCUCCACGACAGAGCACACCAUGUACGGAAGGAGAUCUAAUCAGCUUCGAUGAUGACUUUGUAGUAUUUAACUCAUCUGGAGCUGUUCAAGAAUUUACCCAUUCAGAAACUGAUCUGCUAAGUUUGCCCUCCAAAGAUGAACCUGCAAAAGAACAGGUAAUCCAACCAGCUCCUACGCGGAAGCCUACUGUGAUCAGAAUCCCAUCAAAAGCAGCAAAAGCUUUAAAUGAAGAUUCAGAAAGUCCUCCACCCCUUCCUGUUGAGAAGCCUAUUGGGAAUGAAUAUAGUAUAUUAACUGAAAAGCCCAACAAUAUUAAAGCAACAAAAAAGGAAUCUGAAUGUUCUAAUUUGACACAAACAUCUAAGAAUGAACCCGCAAUGCCCCCAAGACCUGUUGAGGGGAAAAAUGUACCAGCUCGACCUCCUCCACCGAAGGGUGCCCCAAAAAGACCACCACCACCAAAGUCCACUAAGACCUCAUCACAAGCAGACAAUUUUUGUCGCUCAUCAUCUGACACAACCCUUCACAAAAAACACAGCAUGCUUGGAUUACGACUUAAGAAGUCAAAGAGUCAAAGCAAUAAAAAUCAAGAUCCAGCAUUACCCCCUCGGCCUAAAUUAGGUCAUCCUCUCUACAAUAAAUACAUGCUUCCUGUGUCUCAUGGAGUUGCCAAGGAAGAUAUUUCUACCCAAAAUACUGGAAGCCUUUCCAGCAAGGAUUCAGACAAGACGCAGAAUGUCUCUGAUACGAGUGCUCCUCAUGCAGUAGUGCUACAUGAUUUUCUAGCAGAACAUCCGGAUGAUUUGGGCCUAAAAUCUGGAGAAACUGUUUACCUUCUGAAGAAAAUAGAUGAUCUGUGGUACAGAGGAAAAUGCAGUAAUCAAACAGGGAUCUUUCCUGCCAGCUUUGUCAAAGUUAUUGUUGAUAUUCCUGGAGAAAGUAACAGGAAAAACGUACAGUUUUCAUCACCUGGUGUUACAGGCCCUAGAUGUAUAGCUCGAUUUGAAUACAUUGGAGAUCAAAAUGAUGAAUUAAGCUUUGCAGAAGGUGAAAUUAUUUUUUUAAAGGAAUAUGUGAAUGAAGAAUGGGCCAAAGGAGAGCUGAGAGGUGUUACUGGAAUUUUCCCUUUGAACUUUGUAGAAGUUAUUGAAGAUCUCCCUGUAGCAGAUGCUGGAGCAACACCGAAGAAUAAGAAAGACAACUGUGCAUCAGUGAGACAGUUGGAACAGCAUUCUAGAGAAUGGUGUGAGGCCCUCCAUGAUUUUCCAGCAGAAACCAGUGAGGACUUAUCCUUUAAAAAGGGAGAUCACAUCUUGAUACUGGAGCAUGUGGACGCUGAAUGGUACAGAGGGAGACUUAAUGGGAAAGAAGGAAUUUUUCCUGCCGUUUUCAUACGCAUUUGUUCAGAAACUGAACUACAACACAAUGUUCUGCAGAAGGACCAAAACCUCUACCGGGAAAGAGAAGAGGCCAGGCUCUGUAUGACUUCCAUGCACAGAAUUCAGAUGAACUCUCCUUUAAAGCUGGUGAUACAAUAACAGAACUAGAAUUCAUAGAUGAAGAUUGGAUGAGUGGAGAGCUACAUGGCAAGUCUGGAAUAUUUCCUAAAAGCUUUGUUCAGAUUUUGCAAUAAUUCCAAAGCUGAUGUCCACUUCAGAGCCUCUCUAUACAAGUGAACAAUUUUUCAGCACAAAAGCACAGUAUUCUAAGCUGCAGAGUCUGCCUUCGAUCAUCACUAGAUCUAAUCUUGGACCCUCAGAUGCAUUUUUGCACUAUUUUUAUAAAUACCAACAAGAUCAUACAAAAUAGAUUUUAAAUUAACUUUUUAGAAGACUCACAUGUAUUGUACCAAAUCCUGCUACUUGGAACAAUAAAGUUGGGCAUCCACAUCUAAGUUACAGCAAAUAGUCAGAUGCAGCUAUCAUUCAUCUCCUCAUUCCCAAUGCGAAUAAUUAGCUGCACUCAACUACAGCAUAAUCGGUACAGAUGAAUUACUUGUAAACAAUGGCUAAUUGGGUUUAAGGCAUUAAUCAGUUUUCUGAAACCGCAUGAUUCCCUUCACAGAGGCCCAGUUCACACAGGCAAGGAGGGGGGGGGGGCGGAAUGGUCAGUGACUGCAGGUGAAAGGUCAUUUCCUUCCCUGGUUUAACUCUUGCAAACCAGCACAGCAAGCAAAAGCAAAGGAUACCACCUGUUGAGAAACAUUUUAAAGCUGGAAUAUAUCAGCUGGAAUCCAUCCUAGUACCACAUUUUGCUGCCUGUCUGCUAUAGGGCUCAGUGACAUACCAAUCCUUUUCAGCCAUCUUCUGAAGAGGGAUUCCUCAGCUUCCUAGAUAACUAAUUCAGUUACCUAACAAUUGUUAACAGAAGUUCUCUGGUAUGCUGAUUCAUCAUACAUUUUCUUAUAUUUUUAUUAUACAUACCUUUUCAUCAAACUGUUGAAGGAUACAUGGCAGUAGAAUGGAAACCUCAGAUGCUUGUCAUAUGUAAAUGGGAAAAUGCAAUCUCCACUGUUUAUGACUACAGUAUGAACUGAAUACAACUGCAAUUUGUAUUGUAGCGCUGCUUGUUUGUUUUAUUUUCUCUUCUUACACCUCAGCCAUAUGUACUCUGACGGCAACUCGAACUUCACACAAUUAUCAGAAGUUUAAGAACGGGAAACAGAAGGCUGUAUUGUACCUAUCGUUCUGUGUUUUGUAAAACACAGAUCUAGGCUCAGUAAUUUUAUUGUAUCUUCUAACUGUUGUAGGAAACAUAUACAUUAUAAAUACUAUUCAGCCAGACAAUAAUAAAUUUAGUCUAAUCUUAAAAUGAAACUCCGAAAGAAGUUGUGCUAUCUGAACUGGGAUUAGCUUCCAUUCCUGAGUUUGAAAACCAGAUUUCUGCAUCAGGUUAAUCUUCCCUGUGAAGUUUCUGGCAGUACAUUCAAAUAUAUUCUUUUCCUACACAUCCUGAGACCUGCUGGCUAUGAAGUAUACCAAAACACUAGAGACUGUCUGGAAGUUUGAACUAUAUUUUGCAUCUUCUGAGUCUGUUAAUUUCUCAAAUACUGUUUGGAUAAUAUUCAUACACCAAGAACCCCCACUUCUACUGGAAGAAAAUAGUUCAGAAUGUGAACAGACCUUCUGCAACAUUCAGUUCAAAUGUAGGAACUGACCUUUUUUCUUCAAUUCCAUUUUUUAAAAAAGGAAUUUGAUUAUGAAGAUACAAACCUUACCAGAGCAUUAAUGAAAAAAGUUUCUAAUCUAAAUACUAGAACCUUAGAUGCUAUACUAAUAUUUAAUUAGUCACAUGCUACUUUCAUGACAAAGAUUGCUAAAAUACUGUUAGUUCACAGGUAAAAAAUCUAUGAAAAUAAGAGCUUUAUUUUGUGCAAUAGUAAACCUGCUUUGGAAAAGGUGAAGAACGGUUUCUUACGUUCACCUCAUUUGUUUCCAUGUGACAAACCUGAUGUUGCGUUCAGAAUUUCACACGCUAAACAUGGAGAUUUAACUGUUCCUUUAAUUGAAAAAUGUUGGUGACCUCAUCUGCAAAAUCAGCAAUUGCUUAUAAAAGCAAUUCUUAUUUUUUGUCUUUAAUGUCGCUCCAAGAUGUCACAUUCUUUUUAGGGAGAAAGGUCCAACUGAUACUAUUUACAGCCACCUCACUUUCUUCAAAAUGGGUUUGAUUUUAAAUAAAUAUGGAGUGAAGCUGCAGUAUUUUUUCAGUUAUAGCCAUUAUAGAGUACCUCUUUCUCCUACAGGGAUAACCGGAUGAUAAUGGCCAAGACUAUAUAUAUGCCAGAUUUUCCACAUUUCUGCAACUGUAGUAUCUGUGCAGUAGGGCCUUAAUGUAAGUCACAUUAAGUAUCGAACAGUUUAUUGCAUGUAGUACUGGCCAAUUUUAGGCAUCCUAUUAGAUCGAUCCACUGCAGAAUUUUCACUUGUAGUGGAGCUCUUGUAUGAGGAGAAACCACUGUGGCCACAUCUGCUAGUUCAACUUAGUGCAUGUCUUUUUGUGCAACCAAUGUCUAGAUACUGCAACAUAUACAAAGAGGAAAGUGCUAGGGGCUGUUAAGAUCUUGCCCAUGCACUGUGCUUUUGUGUCGGUUUUUGCACAUCACUGGAUUCCAGCCUGUUUUGAUAUAAACCUGGACAGGACUGCAUUUGUCUACACCAAAAACAGACAUGUAUUUUACAUCUACUAGCAAGAAACACUUCUUUCUGGGUACUUGGUCUCCAUGAAAAUGAUACUGUUUAGUGCCUUUCCAUUUACAGCUUACUCACUCCUUUUGGUCUGUAUAAGACUGAUACUCUAGUUCAAAAUGCAAGUGAACAUAAGAACAUAAGAACAAGCCAGCUGGAUCAGACCAAAGUCCAUCUAGUCCAGCUCUCUGCUACUCGCAGUGGCCCACCAGGUGCCCUUUGGGAGCUCACAUGUAGGAUGUGAGUUGCUUAAGUGAAAGUUUGAGAUUGCUUUACCCAGAAAUGCAAAGGUUCUGCAGCUGGAACUAGCAUUACCAUUCAGCUUUGAGAUGUACAAGAUGAUUUUGUACUUUGUAUAAUUUUCUGCUGCCUUUAUCAGAGUUUUUAUAUGGUCCCUACAACAGCUACCAGCUUGCACUACAAAAAAUGUUGGUUGCUGAAUCACAGCCUUAAGACAUUUCCCUUUUUCCACAUACCAAUACAUACUUUGUCGAUAUUUUGAAAAAUGUUAUUGGCACAAGUUACUGGAAGUUCAAUUGUUCCAGACAGAUUGUUAGAGUGCAAUGUUUACUUAUUUGUUGACUGUAUGUUUCCAGUGUGUUCAUAAAAGUACUUUGAGCAAGUAGUGAUUUAGACAUUUACAGGCAAUAGGGAAUUAUUGUUUAGUCUUGUUAAUGAAUAAGCAUUAAUUAGUAUUGUAAGUUAGACAAUAUGCAUAAAUAUGACAUCUAUUAGCAUUUCAUACAUUUAAAUAAGCAUCUGCCUGAGCAAUCCAAAUAUUUUCAGUUUUGUAUACAAAGAUUGACAGAUGCAGUAACUUCACUCCAACAGUGCCAUCUAAAGGACUCUUAAUGCAGCUGUAUUAAAUGUGGGUUAAACUUGAAAAUCCUCAUUUGUAUUUAAAUGCUUUUAACUAGCUGACAUAUGGCUUUUGGUGACACACUAAACUUUAAAUAUAAAGACAAUUUCAUGAACAAAUUUUUCUUGUUCAAUUUAUAAAUUAUCAUCAUGCAAUCAUGAAUGCAACAGAAAGUUUGUUUCAUGUAGUGGCUCAGAAGAUUAUGAUCUUUCCACCUUGCAAAAUGUAUUUAUAAGAACAUGGUGGGGAAAAAAACUAUGUUUGGAAGGGUGCCGGGGGAAAGAAGUUAAAAACCCCUUUCCUUUAUCACAUCCUUUGACUUUACCUCCCUCUAUGUUUUUUUAGGAGGUAGUGCAAAAUCCGCCACAUUAACGAGCUGCCUGUCAAUGAGAAGUCUGUGCACAGAAGCUAUUUUGCUUUUCUAGAAAGUAUAAUUUUAUGCUGUUCUAUGGUACCUGUAAUUUUGUAUUUAACCAAUAAACAUUUGUCUGAAAACUGAA